AUGUCCUCUUUCAGAACCGUUGCUCCGUUCCUGCGGACAGCCCGCACUUCUCUCAGAUCCGCCCACCCAUUAGUAUCGCUGCAGCGACAGUCCACUUCUCCCGUCCUGAACCUGCGCCGUGGGUACGCGGUCUAUGAGAGGAGCAAGCCUCACGUCAACAUCGGUACCAUUGGUCACGUCGAUCACGGAAAGACCACCCUCUCCGCUGCCAUCACAAAGCGACAAGCCGAGAAGGGCUACGCUUCCUUCCUUGACUAUGGCUCUAUCGACAAGGCUCCCGAGGAGCGAAAGCGUGGUAUCACCAUCGCCACUGCCCACAUCGAGUACUCGACCGACGCCCGACACUACUCCCACGUCGACUGCCCGGGUCACGCCGAUUACAUCAAGAACAUGAUCACGGGUGCCGCCAACAUGGACGGCGCCAUCAUCGUGGUCGCCGCCUCAGACGGACAGAUGCCCCAGACCCGAGAGCACUUGCUUCUGGCCCGCCAGGUCGGCGUGCAGAGGAUUGUCGUCUUCGUCAACAAGGUCGACGCUCUGGAGGACCCGGAGAUGUUGGAGCUCGUCGAGAUGGAGAUGCGCGAGCUGCUGAGCACCUACGGCUUCGAGGGCGACGAGACCCCCGUCGUCCUGGGCUCCGCCCUCUGCGCCCUGGACGGCAAGCGACCCGAGAUUGGCGAGCAGAAGAUCGACGAGCUGAUGAAGGCCGUCGACGAGUGGAUCCCCACCCCCCAGCGUGACCUCGAGAAGCCCUUCCUCAUGUCCGUCGAGGAUGUCUUCUCCAUCGCCGGUCGUGGAACCGUCGCCUCGGGCCGUGUCGAGCGUGGUGUCCUGAAGAAGGACUCCGAGGUCGAGCUGGUCGGAAAGGGAGGUGAGGUCAUCAAGACCAAGGUCACCGACAUCGAGACCUUCAAGAAGUCUUGCGACGAGUCCCGCGCCGGUGACAACUCCGGUCUCCUGCUCCGUGGUAUCCGCCGUGAGGACGUCAGGCGUGGUAUGGUCAUCACCAAGCCCGGCACCGUCAAGGCCCACACCCAGUUCCUGGUCUCCCUCUACGUCCUGACCAAGGAGGAAGGUGGCCGACACACCGGCUUCAUGGAGAACUACCGCCCCCAGAUGUACAUCCGAACCGCCGACGAGUCCUGCGCUCUCUUCUUCCCUGAGGGCACCGAGGACGCCCACUCCAAGAUGGUCAUGCCCGGUGACAACAUCGAGAUGGUUGCCACCCUGCACAACCCUUGCGCUGUCGAGGCCGGCCAGCGUAUCAACAUCCGUGAGGGUGGUAGGACUGUGGCCACCGGCCUGGUCACUCGCAUUAUCAAAUAA